CCACCGGCUGCGAGAAACAAAUUAACCGGCCGGCCGGAGAGGUGUCUUGAGCUCCAAUCCAUUGGCGCCCCGCUACUAAGCUAUUAGCUUUGCUUGCGCUUGCUUCGAACCCACUUGAUCGCUGCCUCACCUCACUCACUCACACACAGCUCUCUGAGCUCUCCCAAUCCCAGCUGCCUUCUCUCUCUCGCCGACUGUGAGAGAGCGGUUCUUAAUUGACACGCACGCCUUCCCUUCCCUUCUUCCCCCCAUAUAUAUCCGACCGCAUAACCAGCAGGCAACGAACGGUCGAUCGCGCCGGGAGAAGAAGGAAGCAACUGCCGCCUCGCCCUUGAUCGAUCUUCUCGGAGUUAGAUCGAGAGGAAUUAAUUCAUGGGACGUCUGUCGUGCGGCGGCGGCGGCGGCGGGCAGGCCAAGCUCCGCAAGGGGCUGUGGUCGCCCGAGGAAGACGAGAAGCUCUACAACCACAUCAUCCGCCAUGGCGUCGGCUGCUGGAGCUCCGUCCCCAAGCUCGCAGGGCUGCAUCGGUGCGGCAAGAGCUGCCGGCUGCGGUGGAUCAACUACCUCCGGCCCGACCUCAAGCGCGGCAGCUUCUCGCUCCAGGAGGAGGACCUCAUCGUUGCUCUCCACGAGAUCCUCGGCAACAGGUGGUCGCAGAUCGCGUCGCAUCUGCCGGGGCGCACGGACAACGAGAUCAAGAACUUCUGGAACAGCUGCCUCAAGAAGAAGCUCCGGCAGCAGGGCAUCGACCCGGCCACGCACAAGCCCAUCACGGCCAUGCCCGACGCAUUGCCCACCGACGCUCAGGAAGACGAAGACCAGAAGCCGCCUACCGGCGCCGGUGCCCUGGCUCCCAAUCCCAAGCAGCAGGCCGUGUUCGACCCGUUCCCGGCGGCGACCGAUUUCGGCGGCGUGUUCGACCACGACGGCCUCGCCGCCGUGCCGGCAUUGUUCGAGGGCGUCACUGGCGACUACAGCAGCGUGCUGGACCUGGACAGCUACGGGGAGAGCUCCAGCAACAGCAGCAACAACAACUGGAACGGCUGCGGCGCCGAGAUGAGCAAUGUGCUCGACGGCGAGGCGCUGCACUGGGCGCCGAUCAAGGACGACGACGACGCGGCGCUGGGGGAGCACAAGUUCUUGCUGCAGAUGCCUUGCCAAGAACAGAUGAGCCUGCCGCAUUUCGAUUUCAACUUGGAAUACUUCUGAACUCAUGAUCUGUUUUUUCUUUUUCUCCUCCAUUUUUUUACAAUCUUCAAUUUCCGAUUACUCCCAUAUAUACUAUUUACACGACACGACAGUAAUUAAAGGACCGUAGGAAGGUUAAUUAGGGGAUUGUAACUUUGUAAGUAAGCAGAGUACCAUAGCAGAGCACUACCACACAUGUUAAUUUUCUCGGAGACGGUACAGUGGACAGUGGUAGAUCGAGAACUAGGGGUGCAACUUGGUGACCCUCAGGAUACCCUUUGAUCCUUUUUAGUUCAAACAAAUGAACUAGUUUUUCAAAAAAUUAUGUCAUUUUAAAAUUUUAGUUCAUUUGGUUGAACCAAGAAGUGUCAAUAGGUGCCUGAGGAUCACAAACUUGCAGGUCCAUCAAGAACACAAGUACCAGAAGAACAUUCAGCAUCGAUCAUUGUGUAAUGUGUACUAUUACUACUAAACACACUCUUGUAAAAAAUAAACAUCUUGUACUUUUGCACACUAGCUAGUAGUACUAGUGAUCUAUGCACCAUCCCUGGAUAAUUAACCCAGUGUACGUACUUUGGCACUUUGCUGUUUUUCUCAGAAAAGGAAAAGAAAAGAACAGGGUGUACGUACCUUUCUGCUC